GUUUGAACUGAACAGCCGGGGCUGCUGUUCCUCGCGAACAGCAGAGGAGCCGAGUCCCUAUCUGGACUGUGGAGUAGUCCAGUUGAAAGAAGCGAAACCAAAAGGAAACCCUAGGGACACAUACAGACUGACAGACAAAGGCAUCCGAAGGAAGGAGAGCUUCAAAUCUCUGUCUCUGUUCAACUUCAAACAUGAGUACCAUGAAAUUUUGCCGCGAGUGCAACAACAUUCUGUACCCAAAGGAAGAUAAGGAGCAGAAGAUCCUCCUCUAUGCUUGUCGCAACUGCGAUCACCAGGAGGUUGCUGAUAACAAUUGUGUCUAUAGAAAUGAGAUACACCACUCUGUCGGGGAGCGGACUCAAGUCUUGCAGGAUGUAGCUGCGGAUCCAACUCUUCCUCGUACAAAAUCUGUUCAUUGCUCUCAAUGCAAUCAUGGAGAAGCUGUUUUCUUCCAGGCUACUGCUCGGGGAGAAGAAGGUAUGACACUGUUCUUUGUUUGCUGCAACCCAAACUGUGGCCACCGUUGGAGAGAUUAAUGGUGCACCAGAAAACUGGCCGAAUUUAAGAUAUUAAACGCUGUUGACUUCCCUCUAUCAAAGAACUUUGUGGUGACUUGUAACUGUGCACUGUUGAAUUCUCAAUAUAAUCAUUUUAACUGUCAGAAAUGCAAACCCUGUGAACUUGGGCCCUGUUUUGGCCAUAUAUCUCUCUGCAUUCUUUCACAGAGCCACUUGUUCUAGGCAAAGGUUUGAUAACUGUGGGUAUGAAAUUUUGAUCUUUCGUUUGCAAAAACAUCUUCUCUUUAUAAAACAAAUCCAUCUG